AUGUCUGCUGAGACCCUCACCACUCUUGCCAGGAUUUACCUCCUAGGAUUACUCUUUUCCAUUCUCUCAGGGUCCUGGGCCCAGGUGAAGCUUUUGGAGUCAGGAGGCAAGGUGACACAUGAGGGCCAGUCCGUGACCCUGACCUGCAAGGCUUCUGGCUUUAACUUCAAGGAUUAUGCUAUGUCUUGGCACUGGAGACCAAGUGGGAGCAACAGUCAGUUUGUGGCCGGUAUCAGCUCCAAAACUGGCAGUAAAACAGAGUAUAAGCCCAGCAUCCAGGGCAGGGCUUAUAUCACCAGGAAUAACGAAGCCCACACUGUCUCCCUGACCCUGAUCCAGCUACGAAAGGAAGACUCAGGCAUAUACUACUGUGUCAAACUCACUACAGAGGCUCAUUGGGAAAAUUUUGGUCAUGGAACAGAAGUGACUGUACUCCCACGAGAUGAGACACAGCUGGAGGCGUCAGGAGGAGGCUCACACCCAGCUGGAAAGACCGUGAGUCUCCAGUGCCAAACAUCUGGCUUCCUGUUUAAUACAAGCCAACUAAGCUGGUAUCUUUGGGUUCUUGGAGGUGCCCCAUUGUGGCUGACCAGUCUUGACCAUCGAUUUUCAAAAGUCAGUGGGGAUCGCAUCACUUCCAGAAGAGAGGACACCAACAGCCAGAUUUUUCACCAGAUCAAGAACCUUAGCCUUAGAGACUCUGGCUACUAUCAUUGUGCAAGGACGAUGGGUUAUGGAGAUGACACAGACAAGUUGAUCUUUGGUUCUGGGACACAUGUGACUGUGGAACCCGGACCUCGGGACCCUUUGUCACCCAGUGUGUUUGUGGUGAGGAGUCAGGAUGCUGUGGCCUGCCUGGUCAGUGACUUUUACCCCAAGGAGAUUGAUGCAUCCCUGUCCUCCCUUGGGGCUUCAGUCUCAGCCCAGGCCCUCACGGUGGCUCCCAUAAUCCAUGGUGUCUACAGUGCCAUCCAGAUUGGCAAGGCUGGUGACAAUGACUCAGUAACCUGUUCAGUGAAGCACCUUGGCAAAGAGACCCAUGAGUCCCACCAGCCAGGGAGGAAAGUUCUGGGCUCACUGGAUCCCAGGGCUGUGACUAAUGAUAUCAUUCUGCCUUCAGAUAUUGGGAUCCUUCCUCAGCUUGAAUUAUCCUGCUAUGACCAGGGACUCACAGGUCUGUAUGGAAACUUGGGCAGUGACUUUGGAACAGCAGGUGUUCACUCAGCAGGGGUGGAGUGGGUGCCAGGCUGGAAGUCUCCAACAAUGUGGACUCUGGAACAGUAUAUCAGUCUAGAAAGAUGA